UGCUGGGCGUGGUCUACGUCGAGCCGUUUUGGUUUGGGAUCCCUAAAGAAAGAAUGGAAACCAAGGCCGGGGCUGCUGGGGCACAGGCCAUGGAAAGGAAUGACAUUAUUGACUUUAAGGCUCUGGAGAAAGAGCUGCAGGCUGCCCUCACUGCUGAUGAGAAGUACAAACGAGAGAACGCUGCCAAGUUACGGGCAGUGGAACAGAGGGUGGCUUCCUAUGAGGAGUUCAGGGGUAUUGUCCUUGCAUCACAUCUAAAGCCACUGGAGCGGAAGGACAAGAUAGGAGGGAAGAGGACUGUGCCCUGGAAUUGUCACGCUGUUCAGGGAAGGCCCUCCCAGGACGACACCACUGAAAUCUCUCCGGAGAAAACGCUCUUCCAGCCUGAGACCUCAGCUGAGUUCUACCGUGAUUGGCGGCGAUACUUGCCGACCGGGCCAGAGCGCUACGAGGCCCUGCUGCGGCUCGGGGGUCCAAAGCUGGGCCACCUCUUCCGGAUGGACGUGGGGUUUGGACUCCUAGGGGAGAUGCUGGUGGUGCUAGCUGAUCAUGUGAGGCCGGCUGACGGGUCAGUGGUGCUGGGGAUCCUGCACAGCCUGGCCGGCACCGGGCGCUUCACCUUGAACCUGAGCCUGAUGAGCCAUACCGAGACAGAGAGCUGCAAAGCCUUGUUUCAGAAGCUGCAGGCCAUGAGUGCCCCCAGCCUGGAGGGGCAGGAUCUGGGGGAGCAGCCUGGUGGGCUCCGGGAGGAGGAGAGUCUCCUACAAGAGCUGCUAAGGCUGUACCGGGUGGAGUGAUGGGACCUGUUACCUUCAGAGGCCCCCCCAGUGGUCACUGGAGGCAAUUUUUGGUUGUUGCCUUGGGGGUUCUGCAGAACUGUAAUGAAGGGACCACACCCAGUUCCCUUGUAGACUGGGAAUUUUCACAGCAAAAGCAGGAAUUGAGUCUUCCCUUCUCCUCCAGCCUCUGGGGCUCCAUGUUCUGACCUGUGUAGAUCCACAGGAUGGUCAAGGGCCCAAGAAGUUGAAAGAGUUUUGCUUCCCACCCUUAAAGUCUGCCAGGUUGCUGGCCCAUGACCCUGAGAGAUGGGUGUGCGCCCAGCCAAACACUGGCACCCCCAGUUACAGCCUCCGCUCAAAAAAGGAAAAAGCCAAAUUGUUAAUCUUCCAUGGUAAACAAAUACUGAUCUCCAUAGCUCUUUAUUUUUAUUUUUCCCAUAGCGCUUAACAGGAGUAUGUGUAACCGAAAACGAAUGAAUAAACAUUUAAUAGAGAAAGGAUAAAA